CAAAUGUCAAAUGUUACUUCCUUGACUUGCUCUCAUUCCCUCUGUCUCUUCAGUGUGUUGUGAGUCCAGUGUGGAGAAUUAAACUGAAUAAGGAAGGACCAUGUCUCUGUCUAAACCAAAGGAGCUGUUAGAACAUGAGCUCAGCUGCCCUAUCUGCCUGCAGCUCUACACGGAUCCCGUGUAUCUGCCCUGUGGCCAUAACUACUGCUUGGCCUGCAUUCAGAAGGCUACAGAUGUCAGCGGUGGAGAGAAGAGCUCGCCUCAAUGCCCUGAGUGCAGAGAAGAGUACGGCGGUACAGAGACCCUGCAAAGGAACUUCAAGCUCUGCGGCAUCAUAGAAGGCUACAGGGCCGUUGCGCCAGCGGACCACCUGAAGAGAGAGCCGCUGAAGGUGCGCUGUGACCACUGCCUGGACAUAGAGACACUGGCCAUUAAGACCUGCCUAAAGUGUGAGGCGUCCCUGUGUGCCAGGCACCUGCAGCACCACUCUGAGAGGGAGUCCUUCAGGAGCCAUGACUUGGUAGAGCCCCAGACUCAGCUGGGCCAGAGAGGUUGUGCCAUCCACGGACGCCUGCUGGAGUACUACUGCGCCAGCGACAUGACCUCUCUCUGCGCCAACUGCUUCAUUGAGGGCACCCACCAGAAUCAUGAUGUCCUGGCGUUCGAGGCAGCCGAGGAGGAAAUGAGGCGGGUCCUGGAGAUUCAGAGCAAGGCGGUGGCCACCAGGCUGCAGCUGACCGAGACCCUGCUACAGAGGGCUGCUGAGGACCAGAGCACCUCUGAGGCUGUGGGAGACAAGCUGCUGUCCAAGUCUGUGGCUUUGAUGGACAGCAUGGCCGGCCUGGUGAGCAGGUACAAGGACAGGAUGAGCCUGCUGCUGGAAAAGGAGAGAAGCCAUCGUAGGGAGAGCUGGCAGAAUGGCCUCGGGCUUCUAGAAGAACAGCAGCAGCAGCUGAUGGAGGCCCACCAGCGCACCACUGAGGUCCUCACAGAGACAGAGAAGUGUCUGUUCAUCAACAGGUUCCUGCUAAUUGAGCCCCAGCUCAGGGAGGUCGUGACGGGCACCGUGGCCAGAGUGCCCAGCAAGGUCCCUCUGAACCCCAAGCGGCUCCAGGCCAGCCUGAGGAUGGAGGACUUCAGGGCAGAGAUGGCUCGGCUCCUCCAGUCUCUCCACGUCCUGUUAAACCCUCUGGAGCUGACCUUUAACCUCAGCACGGCCCACACCAGCCUGCUGCUCUCCAACGACCUGCGGACAGUCAAGUACAGCGGUACCAAGCAGGCCUACGCUGAUAACCCAGAGAGGUUCAGUACUGCGCCCCAGGUCCUGUGCUCCCAGAGCAUCACCAGCGGGGAGCACAUCUGGGUGGUGGAGAUGGGCGACCAGAGCAUGUGGUCAGUGGGCUUGUGCUACAAGAGCAUGCCCAGGAGGGGUGACCACAGCCGGCUGGGGCAUAACCAGGUCUCCUGGCGUUUGCAGUGGAAGAACAAGAAGCUGACGGCAUGCCAUGCCUCCUCAAACGUGGCGCUGGCGGAGAUGGCCAAUCAGCCGCUGAGGGUGGAGGUGGCUCUGGACUAUGAGGGGGGAACACUGAUCUUCCACAGCACCAAGGACUGUCGGGAACAUCUGCACACGUUCAGAGCUGUGUUCAGAGAGCCUGUGUACCCUGCGUUCAGCAUCCACUCCACCAGAGCACAGUCCUGGAUCACGCUACAGAGUGGAGUGUAACCCUCCCUCAGCCUCCCCCUUAGUAUGUCCACCUGGGCUUGAAAUGCCUUUGCUACUGACUAACCAAAGAAAUACCUUAUUUGUUAUUAUGAUUAUUACGGAUAAAUAUAUGGGUAAAAUAGGUCAAUCUAAAUCUCUGUUUGAAUAUAUCUAUGAAUAUUCAAAAAUGUUGUCCAUGCUAGUCCUUUAGUUGCUCCACAGUACAUCAUUAGACAUCGUCAGUAUAGAUGUAUCUUGUUAUUCACAAUGAAAGGAAUGUUCUGAUUGAAUUUGUUGCAUGGGUAAAUUUAGUAAAUAGCCAGAUCUAUGUGGUGUUAUGUUAUUGAGUUUUUUUAGAGCUGAUAUAGUGCAAAAAUAAUGUGCCAUAGUACAUGUGAAUAUCAGCUACUUUAUUUUCAAAUUUGACAGUUGUUGACAACAUGACAAGAAAUGUGUGCGUUGUAAUUUUAUUAGAAAAUCAGUCCACUUUGGAAUCAUAAUGUACAGAAUAAACAGUUAUACUGCUA